AUGGUGUUAGCAGAUUUGGGUAAACGUAUUAAUAAUGCGGUUACCAAUGCCAUUUCAGGCGAACAAACAGAUUACGAGGUGACUGUGCAAUCGAUGUUGAAAGAGAUUGUGACCGCAUUAUUGGAGAACGAUGUGAAUAUUAAGUUAGUUUCGAAGCUUCGUGACAACAUUAAUAACACUUUGCUUUCAAGCAACAAUGUUAAUGCUAAACUAACCAAUGCUCAAACGAAGAGUUUGAUCCAGAAAACAGUUUUUGAUGAACUUUGCAAACUAGUUGACUGCGAAGCGGUGUCACCGUUCCAACCCAAGAAAAGACAGAGUAACGUUAUUAUGUUUGUUGGUUUGCAAGGUUCCGGUAAGACUACUUCGUGUACAAAGCUUGCUGUUUACUAUUCUAAGCGUGGAUUCAAGGUUGGUUUAGUAUGUGCCGAUACUUUCCGUGCUGGUGCGUUCGACCAGUUGAAACAGAACGCCAUCAAGGCAAAGAUUCCAUUCUAUGGUUCAUACACGGAGCCAAAUCCCGUUAAAGUUGCCAAAGAAGGUGUGGAGAAGUUCAAAAAGGAAAAAUUCGAAAUUAUUAUUGUCGAUACCUCUGGUAGACAUCAACAAGAAGAUUCUUUGUUCCAAGAAAUGGUUGAAAUCUCCCAAGCUGUAAAGCCAAAGCAAACGAUCAUGGUUCUUGAUGCAUCUAUUGGUCAAGCAGCCGUACACCAAUCGAAAGCUUUCAAAGAGAGUGCAGAUUUCGGUUCUAUCAUCCUAACCAAGAUGGACGGACAUGCCAGAGGUGGUGGUGCUAUUUCGGCGGUAGCGUCUACAAAAACCCCAAUUAUAUUCAUAGGUACAGGUGAACAUAUUCAUGACUUUGAAAAGUUCUCUCCUAAGUCCUUUGUUUCAAAAUUAUUAGGAAUCGGAGACAUAGAGUCGUUAAUGGAACGUUUUAAGACUGUGUCAGACCAAGAUGACGCCAAGAACACGUUGGAAAACAUCCAACAAGGUAAGUUCACACUCUUAGAUUUCAAGAAUCAAAUGCAAACCAUAAUGAAAAUGGGUCCCCUAUCAAAUAUUGCCAACAUGAUCCCUGGUAUGGGAAAUAUGAUGAACCAAUUCUCCGAAGAAGAAACUUCCAAAAAGAUGAAGACUAUGGUGUACAUAUUUGAUUCCAUGACAAAGAAGGAGCUAGAGUCCGAUGGUAGGAUAUUCAUUGAGGAACCAACAAGAAUGAUUAGAGUUGCCAAGGGUUCAGGAACUACGGUGUUCGAUAUCGAAAUGCUGCUAAUGCAACAACAAAUGAUGGCCAGAAUGGCUCAAACCACAAAACAAAUGGGUGGGCUACCAGGUAAAGGUGGUAUGCCCGGAAGAGGAGGCAUGCCAGCUGGAAUGCCAUCAAUCCCAGGUAUGGGUGGAAUGGGUAUGCCAAAUAUGUCUCCUCAAAUGAUGCAACAAGCUCAGCAGAAGCUAAGACAGAACCCAAGCAUGAUGAACAAAAUGAUGAACAUGAUGAAGGGCUCUGGCGGUGGCAUGCCAAGUAUGCAAGACAUAAUGAGUAUGAUGCAAGAUCCACAAAUGCAGGAGAUGGCGCAGCAGUUUUCCCAAGGUAUGUAA